AUGCCGCCUGUUAAGGGUUCUCAAACAGGCGUUGACAAAUACAAGCCCUCCACUUCCGAUUUGAGCACCGAAGUAAAUCUAGGAGUCCCAGGCACGGCAGUGCGGCCAAGCACAUCGAGUGGACCUGGAGAGCGUCCAUUCAUGUUCCAUAGGAAAACAAAUCUUGCACCAUCGAUCUAUUCUCAGGACCAUAUCCACUCGUUCCAAUCGCCUACUACUUCCACAACUGUACUCUACAGUCCAGACGCCACGAAAGAACGAGGGGUCAUUGGUAUCGCUCUUGGGUCACCCACCUCAGGUUCACACUGGAAAUCAACGCCUGAGGCUGCGGUACCAACAACCGACUCGAAACCCGCCCAUUCUCCAAUGGCAACACUAAACCACCCCAACGACUCUUCGGCUUCGCUGAGCAGCCGUGUUGAGGCGCCCAAGUCCAAGAUCAGCCGAUGGAAGUCGUUGUUUCGUAAAGCGCCUCCUCCUCAACCAGAAAAGCCAUCGUUCUAUCAGCUGGCGCAGACCGUUGCCGCGGCACCUCGCGCAGACAGCCACCAUGACGAGGAAGCCAAUGAGUCCCAGGCAGCUCGACCAGAAGAGAAGGAGAGGGAGAAGUUGCGCAGUGUGUCACCGCCGACCUAUAGGCCGAAUAUCCGAGCAUCGCGGAAAUGGGCUCCAGGAGAGUUCGUCCCACCUCAGUCGCCACCGGAGACGUCUGCGACCCGAGACCGUGCUAUGACGCUCGGAAAUAUGCCGUCACAUGGGCCUAAGAAGUCUAUGCAACGGUCUUUUACAACACCUGCUCUAGGAGCGCGAGGCGUUGCAGGCGAGGUCCCACCUGUGCCACAGGUUGAAGUAUCGGGCACAACCAACAAAGCACUACCACAGAAUCCGACCGGGUCCGCAGAUGACGGAGGGCCGCUUCUGGACGUCAGCCUUCCCGAUAUCACAAUGGAAAGAUACAGCGUCAUGUUCGGAAACCUCUUGCAGUCCGACCCGAACCGAUUAUCCCUCUUGGCAAGACGGCAAGGCAACACCGAGAAGAUCAAACCGCUGCUAGAGCUGUCUGCAAAGGACGAUCAGAAGGACGAAAGUCCCGUAGAUUACAGUCUUCAGCGCAGGGUUACGUCGCCCGCUCCAGCGUCUGGCUCACCACGACUGUCCCUAUUUCCGUCCACCAACCCCGGCCGCGCACCGUCACCUCUGUCAGGAUCUAUCAUGAGCCGUAGCAAAAAGGAUCUGAAGCGGUCCCGGACGAUGCCCACGAAGUCUCCCCUUCAGCAAACUUUCGCUCAGAAUACAGAGAACACGACCAGACAGAUGGAUUCUACCAAGCUGAAGCCUGUAGCAUCUCCGUACCUGAAGCCAGCAUUGACCCCUACCUCGAUUUGCAGCUUCGAAUCUGAGGCCGAAUCGAUCACGAUCAUAGUCGCCCAGGCAUCACCCGGUCAUCCUAAACCGAUUACGUUGCAUCUUGACGAGCGAGAGCCUGAAUGGGAGAUCUGCACGAAGCCAGUGAGGGCUCUGAAAAGCGAGACCCUUACAGUCAACAGCGAGCCGUCGUCGCCACUAAUCCGCUCGCCCUCGCAACAGCAGCCGAAGGUGACCAAACUCAGCGCGCUGUCAUCGCACCCGUCUUCUGCACCUCUUGACGCACCCUCCCCACUGCAGAGGUUGCAGAGCUUGUCAACUCCACCACACUCGGCCAGUAGACACGGUGAGAAGCGAGCUGAGAUCCAAGCAAGGAGAAGGGAGGGAAAGACAGAAGAAGUCGGCACAGCGAAAGCCAUGGUCGGCGUCGCAAGAAGUGUAUCUGUCAGCAGAGCGAAUAGCCCAAGAGGCGUGGUUCGCACUUUGACGAGUCCGCACGAGGAUCGUGUGGUGGAUCGAUUGGCCCUCACCCCCACGAUGGUGGAAGUCAGGAACCGGAAGAGCCAGAGAGUACAGCUCGAAGAUGCAUAA